AUGGAAGAGAAGAGCUCAUUCUCAAAAGAAGAGCUUAAAAGACGUUUAGAUGGCAACGAGCUUGAUUUAAGCCUUUGCUCUAUCGUCAAGGUUCCUGUGAAGCAAAUUUCGAGUUUGCCAAAAGUGACUGUUAUUGAUUUAUCAUGUAACAACAUCAGAGAGUUGCCAGAUUCAUUUUGCACCUUGGUGGCUCUAACACAGUUGGAUCUUAGCAAAAAUGAUCUUAUUUCACUUCCAGGAAUGUUUGGACAACUGAAAAAUCUGAAAAGGCUUGAUUUGUACAAUAAUAAAUUGGUUAGUCUACCACUGAGCUUCGGGGACUUGAAGGGGUUAAAAUGGCUUGAUUUGAAGGAUAAUCCUGUUCAAACAGACUUACCGGAUAUUGUUGGUGAUUGUUUAGAACCAAAGGAUUGUGAAAACUGUGCAAAGAGGAUGUUAUCGUUUAUGAUGGAAAUGAGGGCACAGGAAGAAAAAAAGAAAGCUAUAGAAGCUGAAAAGGGAAGACGUAAAAAAGCUGAAGAGGAACUUGAAACUCAAAGGCUGCUUGAAUUGAAAAAGAAAGAGAAGCAAGAAGAAAAAGAGAAAAGAAGAAAGGCUUAUUUGGAAGAACAAAGAAAGAAAGAAAAGUCACAGCUUCACAAUGAUACCAAAAGGAAAGAUGUAUCUAAGCCAAAGGGAGAUGAUGAUUUAAAUUUGAAGGUUGUGAAAGAUGGCCCAAGAAGCUCUUCAAUGGUCUUCUUAGCACUUACUUCAUUUUUAGUAGUGAUUAUAGGAAUAUUUCUUUAUUUGUACAAAGAGGAUAAACUAGAUUUUGUCUUCAAUAGAAAAUGAAUUGUUACUUUGAGCAAAAUGAAUUUUUGCCCAAAAAGUUGAAUAACUGUUUUGCUGGAUGGUCGGGGUACUAAUAAUAACUUAGAGAGGUAAUGCAGUCUUUUUAUUAUUGUAUCAAAUCUUUUUGAGAAAUUGAGAUGGCUAGAAGUUUCCACUUUCUAAUUUAUCAUAACUUUUAUUUGGGCCAACUGUUGAUGAUUGGACAUCUUGUUGGUGUAACGUUAAUUGGUUCCUUUUGUUAAAUAAUAAAAUAUAAAAGUAUUUGAUUAGAUUUCUUAUGAGAAUUUGUGUUUUAA